UGGCUAACUGAAAACAUAGAAGCGGCGUAAAUAUAUAAUACUGAGGUUUCCCAUCUCUCCUAAAGUAUCUCUGGUAACAGCAAGCGUUUGAGGAAGUGUGUGCAUGUAAAGGACGACUAUCCGGCAAGUUAAGGUUUACUGCAGGUUGUGUCUGGAGAGAAGGAUGCUGGGACUUGUAGGAGGGAGUGACUUCAACAUUGUUUUGGGGAGAUUACAAAGAUACGUCUUGAAGUCUUCAGCAACCCGACUGACUAACUCCACACACAAUUUCCAAAGGGCACAGCUCUCGUCACAAACAACUCUCUACAGACAUAACACUUCGACACACAAGACAGGGCCUUUGACACACCCACAGCAGACAUUCUGGAGAUCCAGUUGCCCUCUCUCCCUUCCCCUUAUUACCCAAAGGGCCCUCCUCUCCCAUGGAUCAAACACAUCCACAGCGAAGAUCAAGCUGCGUACGCGCCUUGCGGUUACCCUGCUGUUCGGCGGCAGCAUUCUGAGUGCUUGGUGGUACAUGCAUAAUGAGAAGGAGCAGGAGCAUCGGAGGCAGCGAAUAGAACAGCUGAAACAGGUGGCUGUGGGCCAGGGGGACUUCAGCCUCCUCGACCACAGGGGGCACCGCAGGACAAAGAAAGACUUCCUUGGCAGCUGGGUGUUGCUGUACUUCGGCUUUACCCACUGCCCCGACAUCUGCCCUGACGAACUGGAUAAGCUGUCAGCUGUAGUGGCCACUUUGGACAAGGAUCCUUCACUUCCCGCAGUCCAACCGCUGUUUGUGACGGUCGACCCGGAACGAGACGAUGUGGCAUCCCUAGAAAAGUACGUCAAGGACUUCCACCCCCGGUUGAUAGGCCUGACAGGUACCCCAGAGGAGGUGAAGAUGGCAGGGAAGGACUUCCGGGUGUAUGCCAGUCCUGGACCUAAGGAUGACGACGGGGACUAUAUAGUGGACCACACCAUCCUCAUUUACCUCGUCAGCCCAGAUGGACUUUUCCUGGACUACUACAACAGGAUGAAGAACGAUGUGCAGAUUGCUGAGAGCAUCAGGAACCAUAUGAAAAACUAUGUGAAACUCCCUAAUUGAAUGACAAUACAGUAACUACACCAAGACAAUCAAAACGCUAUAUUGUUAAACAGAGUAAACCAAAAUACAGUCAAAGAUGCCCAAGACGGCCAUUGAGAAACGCUUCCCAGACCACAACAAUAUUAAAGCUUAAUUUAGUCUAUGCGGUCUCUGUGUCAUUGGCUAGAGUGUGUCUGACACUGAAAAUAAGCUGGAUAUAAAAAUACCACAACAAUAUG